AUGGUGAAGACCCUGAGAGAUCAUCUGCUGAAGACCCUGGAAGAACUGGAGGAAGAUGAACUGAAGAAAUUCAAGUUCAAACUGCACGAAAUGCCACUGAAGGAGGGAUAUGAACAUAUCAGCCGCGGGACACUGAAGAAAGUGGAUGUCAUCGACCUUGCUGACAUGCUGAUCAGCUGCUACGAAGGAGAUUACGCAGUGGAGGUGACCGUGGAGGCGCUGAAAUCAAUAAACAAGAGGGAUUUAGCAGAGCAACUCGCCAAGGCAAUAGGAAAUGAUGCUUUAAACUCCAAGCAGGAAUCAGACACUCAGCAAGGUCCAGAGCUGGAGGAGAAAGCUCUUCUUGAAGAGAGAAGGAGAGCACUCCAGGACCUCCUGUCCACUCUGAAGAUGGAGCAGCACAGAAGCACAAAGCUGGCGUUGAGAGAUCUCCAGGAAAUCAAUCCAGAAAGUCUACAGAACUGGACUCCUCAGGCAUUAGAGGAUUUACCAUGGCAUUUUAUGAGGAAGGUCAUAGCUUUGAAUGGGACAGCCAGAAACACGAGCCUUGGGCAGGGAGCACCUGGUGACCAAGCCAGCAGUGAGGAGAACGGGGGACAAGGCAAUGGUAGUAAUGUUCUUCAUCAUAGCAACAUGGACGCGAGAGCUUCUCUGCACCCCCUUGAUGUUCUCUGUGCUGUGCUGCUUUGCUCAGACAGUUUCCUACAGCAGGAGAUCCUCUCCAAAAUGUCCAUGUGCCAGUUUGCCCUCCCUCUGCUGUUACCUGCCCUUGACACCCCCAAGGGCACCCUACUGCUGUGGGCCAUGAGGGACAUUGUGAGGAAGUGGAGGCCGCACUCCCUGGCAGAGAGCAGAGGAUUCAGAGAGGAGAGCCUGGUACUCACCAAAAUACCAACCGUUUCCUUUGUGCGGAUGGGGAGCUGCAGCUUCUCCAAGUCCAAACUCCUCAAUGAGGUUCUCAGCCCCUCCCAGCAGCACAACGAUUUCUUUAUCCAUCGGGACAUGGAGUCCGGGAAUGUCCCUCGGGAAAUCGCAGAUGGACUGGUUGAGAUUUCCUGGUAUUUCCCUGCUGGAAACGAGGAUUCAGAUCUUUUCCCAGAGCCCGUCGCAGUUACAAAUCUGCGUGGAGACAUUGAGUCCCACUGGCUGCAGUUUAGCUUUUUAACAGAGGUCUCCUCAGCAGUGUUCAUAGUUACUGAAAGCAUCAACGAGAGACAAUACACGCUGUUAUCAUCUCUGCAGGGAUCAGCCACUAAAUACAACUUCAUCCUCAAUUACGAGUCUGGCAAACGGAGUGAAACUCAGGAAUUCCUCAAUAAAUUAGCGCCAGUGCUGAACCUGAGUAAGCAACAUGUCCUAGAGAAAGAAAUUGGGACCAAGAAAGAGGAAUUCAUGGAAAAGUUGUGCUCUGCUAUAGGAAGUAUAAUGAACGAUCAUCACAAGGACAUGAAUAUGGAAGGCAUGGCUGUGACCGCACGUGAACUGGGAAUCCAGCUGGAUGAGGACUGUGAGGAAUGUCAGAGAGCAAAGAACCGCGUUAAAGAAAUCACGGCAGAAAUAAAAGAUGUUGGAAAUUACAAGAGGCAAAUACUGCAACUGCAAGAGGACCUGUGGAAGAGCUUAAGCAAUGUGGAAAGAGAAAUGUGCAGAUUGAAAGGACAAGGGGAUGUCCCCACAGAAGAAUAUAAAUCUAGGCUGAAAGAGAAAUUGUUGGAGUUACGUACACAGCAGAAUAAAUGUGACCUUACUGACGGUUUGACUAAAUUUAUCAAUGGAAUAGGAACACUAUCUCAAAUGGAAAUACGCUACUUCAUGAAAUGCAUGAAAUUUAAUUUAGAUGGCAUUGCAAAGGGGAACCAUCCUAACUUGCAACCUAACCAACAAAAGCUACCAGAACUGGAUGAAUCCAUCUCUGUCAGUUCUCUAGGAGUGGAGCAUUUCCUGCGUGAGCUGGGGCAGUUCUACGAGGCUGAACACUCAAUGGUGAAGAUAGGCAAAAUGGCAAAAAUUCAAAGGAAAUUCAUUCAUUUCCCGAGGUUAACAGCUGACUUGAUGCUGGAAGGAUUUCCCAUGGAGCUUAUCGAUGGAGAUGCCUCCAACAUCCCACUGCAGUGGAUGACAGAUGUUCUGACUGAGCUCCAUGCCAAGCUGGGGGGAAAGUCCAGAAUCCUGGUUCUAACAGUGCUGGGAGGGCAGAGCACUGGAAAAUCCACCCUCCUCAACACCAUGUUCGGCCUGCAGUUUGCAGUGAGCAGUGGCCGACGUACGCAAGGAGCCUUCAUGUCACUCAUUAAAGUGGCAGAGAACUUUCGGGAGGACCUGGGCUGUGAUUUCAUCCUGGUGAUAGACACAGAAGGACUGAAAGCCCCUGAACUGGCAAAGCUGGAGGAUAGUUAUCAACAUGACAAUGAGCUGGCCACCCUGGUGGUUGGACUGAGCGACAUAACCAUCGUUAACCUGGCUAUGGAGAAUGCCACCGAAAUGCAGGAUGUUCUGCAAAUUGUGGUCCAUGCCUUUCUCAGAAUGGAGGAAACGGGGCACAUGCCCAGCUGCCAAUUUGUGCAUCAGAACAUCAGUGAUGUGGCUGCCUAUGAACAAAACAUGAGAGACAGGAAAUAUCUUGUGGAGCAGCUGAAUGAAAUGACCAUAGCUGCAGCAAAGAUGGAAAAACUACAGAAAGAAAUUACGGUUUCUGACAUUAUGGACUAUGAUCCAGAGAAACACAAUUGGUACAUCCCCAGCCUGUGGCAUGGGGACCCUUCAAUGGCACCGGUGAAUAUUGGGUACAGUGAGAGUGUGUGUGGGCUAAAGAAAUGUUUGUUUGAAUUUGUAAGACAACAUUCACUUAACAGCGUUCGCAAAGACCUUCCCCAAUUUAUCGAAUGGGUGAAGAGUCUGUGGAAUGCUCUGAGACAUGACGACUUCCUCUUCAGCUUUAGAAACCCCUUCACAACUGAAGCCUACACCAAGAUAUCUGCAAAGUCUGUAGGGUGGGGAUGGGCGUUCCGCAAGGAAAUGAAUCUGUGGGUAACUGAAAAACAAACUUUCUUCCAGAAUCAACCACCAGCUAAAUUAGAUGCUUGUAUCCUGACCAACUUAACAAGUGAGGCUGAGCAGAAACUGAGCCAUGAAUCACACAGGAUUUUGGAGUGGUUUCAAAGUGCAACAGCAAAACUGGCAGUUUCCGCUGGAAAGAACAUGGGAUAUUUUGUUAGGAAUUCAGUUCCACUAUCUCUUCAAAGUUCAAGUUAUUCACAUGUCAUUUGUUCCAAUCUGGUGACUGCCAGCGAAGGAUGGCAAAAGAAAAACACUAUUCAGGGUACGUGCAUAAAAACAAUCGAAGGUGAAAUGGACUUGCUUUUGGAAUACUGUAAAAUGAGAGAGAACAAAGCAGACAAUAAGGAACUGGAAAUGGAGUUUGAAGAAAUGUGGAGUGAGACCAUGUCAAAAAUACGGCUGGGCUGUUUGGAUGAAAAGCAAAUUUAUCAAGACAUUGAGUUGCUGCUGAGAGAGGACCUGGCUAAGCAAGAGAAUUCAUCCAGUCUAAAACUACAGGAAAACAGCAACUUAUUGAAUUAUGGAACAAAAUCUUUCAUUAUGAAAAAGGAAUACUUAGAUUUACCAUGGAUUAAGACCCUGAAUGAAUGGUUCACGCAGGAAUGCUGGCAUAAAACAGAAGAACUUGUUAAAUCAUUAAUGGAACAGUGCAAAGAUUAUAUUAAAAAUGUAGCAGAUACCAAAGCAGACUAUGAUGAAAUUUACAGCAGAAAUCUGUUGAGGAUGAUCAAUCAGAGGCUUCAAGAGGCAGACGUUCAGAAACUUCACACGAGCGCUUGCUUUAAAGUUGACCUGAAGCUCCACAUUUUAGGGAAAGUGGCUCCUUUAUUAGAGAAGAUGCAAGUAGGCUUCAUGAAAGAAAAUGAUCCUGAACUUUAUCUGGAGAAACUAAAACCUCAGUAUCUCUCCACAUUUAGAGAUCUUUGUUUGGGGAAGGAUUCCUGCCAGACAAGGGCCAGGGAUUUGUGUCAUUGGUGUCUUAAACCUGUCUUGGUGGAGUAUGUGAACAACAGACUUGGGUUAGAAAUAGUCGAUGACAUUCUCAGCAGUGGAAAGUUUGAUGAAUAUACAAACCGAAGCCUUUUCCAGUUCACUGCCCUGAAGAAGCUGUUGAAAUAUGAAAACUUUGACACCUAUAUCAUAUACAUUAAUAACUAUGAACAUUUUGUCAAAAUCUGGGUAGAGGGACACCUGCUAGAUUUCUACAGCCAUACAGCAAGGUUGCAACACCUGGAGAAAGAGAUUCUGUCCUCAAUAAUAAAGAAAGUCAGGACUGCUCUGGAGUCUCCCAGUGACAAAAGUACCAACACGGUCUGUGACUUUUUAGAUGUGUUUUGUGGAGCGUUACAGAAUGACUUGGUGAUUUCCAAGGACCGUCUGGCAGUGGUGCGGUUUAAAAACACGGCAAAUCCUAUGCAGUUUUCUGCUGACGUUCAGGCCAUCCUUCCCGAACUGGAAAAAGAAAUCUUAGCUGAAUUUGAUGAGUUGACAUUUGAAUCCAAACUCUCCAAACUGUCCAUGAAGCCCCAGGAUGAAAUCUUCAACUGCGUGUUUGGCUGCGGGCAGCAGUGCCCAUUCUGUAAAGUCCCCUGUGAAGCAGGAGGCAUGGAUCAUACAGAACACUUUGCUACGGUCCAUCGGCCUCAGGGAUUAGGGCAGUGCAAAAACAAACGGACAGGAAUGCUUGAGUACUCUUUGUGUUCUUCUGAUGUGGUUUCCAACGCUUUAUUUAAAAAUUCAGAAACAGAAGAGAAAUUUCAUCCCUAUAAAGAUUAUCGACAAUAUUACCCAGACUGGCGCAUCCAGCCCGAUCCCAGCAUCGACACUUCUGACUAUUGGAAGUUCAUUUUUAACAGGUUCAACUAUAAGUUUGCUAAGAAGUACAAUGCUAAGCCAGCAAAUCUGCCACAGGUUUGGGAAAAAAUAACCAAAGAACAGGCGCUACAAAGCCUAGAGGAAGCAUUUAACAUAAAAAAAUAAACCAGCUCAGAGUCUUUUUAAGUGGGAUGGACAUAAGCAAAAAAACAGGGUUUGUUUGUUUGUUAAUUGCAUGCAAAAAUAUCACUUCUUAUGCACAUAUUUCUUUAGCUCAUUAAAAUUGUGAUUAUGGGAAAUCCUAAAGAGACGUGGCCUAGUUGCAGACCGAGCACCACCCAGACUGAUCUCUGGCUACAUCCUUCAGGUGACGUUCAGCUGGCUAUUCAGUUUCUGUUCAUCACUGGUGAUGUUGUGGAGCCCACAAGAUCACCAGCUAUGUAGCAACAUUCCCUGGUAAAUAACUUUCGGAAUUUGUUGGUCUUCCAUCCUAACACUACAUCCAUGCCAACAAGGCCACCGAACCUGCAGUCAUAGACUCAUAGAAUAUCAGGGUUGGAAGGGACCUCAGGAGGUCAUCUAGUCCAACCCCCUGCUCAAAGCAGGACCAAUCCGCAAUUUUUGCCCCAGAUCCCUAAAUGGCCCCCUCAAGGAUUGAGCUCACAACCCCUGGGGUUAGCAGGCCAAUGCUCAAACCUCUGAGCUAUCCCUCCCCCCGUGAGCUAUCCCUCCCUCCUAAGUCAUGCUGAUGCAGGUAGUUGCUGGGUUCAGCUUCACAGAGUCUCAUUGCCAAUCAAGUCCUGCCACUGGAUAUGGAGCAGCUGAGGAUGAGAACUGAAAACUUCAGUCGGGGGUCCCUCAGCGCCCAUGUUCACCGCCGUACAAUGCCACAAGUAUGGUUCUGUAGAUCCACAGCUUUGUAGCCAGCCUGAUGUUGUGAUCACAGAGGCCGCUGAAGGGCCCGACACAUGGCAGCAGAUUCUGUAACAAAAUUCAGAGCUUCUAAAUGGAGGUCAACAGGGAAAGAUUCCCGUCCCCCAGCACAUUUUGCAUCAUAGUGAUUUAUGAUGGAAUUGAAAUGAGGAAUAUGCAAACAUGCCGCUCUGGAAUUAGUAUUUUUAAGCAUCACCUUUGAUCUGCUUAUGUCUGGUCUACACUUAAAACUUAUGCCAGCAUAGCUACUCUGGUCGGGGGCCUGAUUAAACCACAACCCCUAGUGACAUAAUCAUGCCAACAAAACUCCAGGGUAGAUGCAACUCAUGUCAUUUGGGGAGGUGGUAUUUCUACAUCAAUAGAAAAACGCCUUCUGUCUGCGUAGGCUGCAUCUAUACAAGUGGGUUGUGCCGGCAAUGACACAGCCUUGGCUCCAGCCAGAAACCUGUUCUCGCAGCUGUAUUUUGCUGUGGCGGUAGCAGAUCUAGUGUCAUCUGAUAAUUACAAGAGAACGUCUGAAAGAAUAAAAAACGAUUUAUUAGA